CUUGGGUUUCCCUCACCCACCCUGUUCAAUCGCAAUCAAACGCUCUUGCUCCUUCACUUUCUCUCUGAUCAACCAUGGCUGACCGCACCUCCACCACUCGCCUUCACAUCUCCGCUCCUCCUCCUUUCCAGAUCUCCAAAGAUUUACAGGGCUCUGACAAUCCUAUUCCACUUUCACCGCAGUGGCUUCUGCCGAAGCCAGGCGAGAGUAAACCUGGAACAGGAAAUGUGGAAAACCAUGUGAUUUCAACUCCACCAUAUGGCAAUCGCACAGAGACUGUUAAGAUGUCUGGAAAUGGAGAGGACAUGCAUGAUGGCCCUAAGAGAAAGGAUGUCUUUAGGCCAUCCAUGCUUGACUCUGAAAGUGGACGCCGUGAUCGUUGGCGUGAUGAAGAGAGAGACACUAAGUCCUCCAUACGCAGGGAUCAUCGGAGGGAUGGAGACAAAGACCUUGGUGAUGCUCGAAGAGUGGACCGAUGGACGGAAAACCCACGUCGUGGUACAUCUGAUAGAUGGAAUGAUUCAGGUAAUAGAGAAACAAACUUUGAUCAGCGGCGUGAGAGUAAGUGGAACACACGCUGGGGUCCUGAUGAUAAGGAGCAAGAAGGUCUUCGUGAAAAAUGGAGCGACUCUGGUAAAGAUGGUGAUCUGCACCAGGACAAAGGUUUGUCUCAGAUUUCCAAUCCUGGAAAGGAUGAAAAGGAAGGGGAUCAUUAUCGACCAUGGAGACCUAACUCCUCACAUAGCCGUGGAAAGGUAGAGCCUUCCCAUCACCGGAAUGUGACGCCAAAUAAACAAGUAUCUACAUUUUCUUAUGGGCGGGGCCGUGGGGAGGAUACGCCUCCAGGCAUUACCUUUGGACGAGCUCGGCCUGGCUCUGGCGGUAGCUCUGUGAAUAGUGCAUCUAUGCAUUCUCAAUACCCUGGAACUGUAUUGGAUAAAGUUGAAAGUGAGCAUGGAGAAGCUUGUCCCUUUAAAUAUAGUAGGACAAAAUUGCUUGACGUCUAUAAAAUCACUGAUAUGCAUACACAUAGAAAACUAGUGGAUGAUUUUGUGCAGGUCCCUUCUCUUACACAGGAUGAACCAUUGGAGCCUCUAGCUCUUUGUGCAACAAAUUCAGAGGAACUGUCUGUCUUAAAGGGUAUUGACAAAGGUGAAAUAAUUAGUAGCAGUGCACCUCAGGUGUCAAAAGAUGGACGGAACUCAACUGAAUUUACACAUUCAAGACGAAUGAAGCUUGGAAAUGCACCUCUCCAAGAUAGAGCUGAAGAUGGAGGUUCUUACAGAGUGGCUGAUGAGGUUUCUAGUAAUAUAGAAUCAACCUAUGAAGAAAAUAAUUCUAUUAAUCCUGGUGCUGCAUGGCGUGCCACGCCGUUGGGUGAACGUGCAAGCACUCUCAUGCAUGAUAACAGAGAUGUUCCCAGUGAUCUUAGGUCAAGAAACUCAGAUAUGACCCGGUCUCACCAGCCAAAAGGUCCUCAUAAGCAGUGGGAAAGUAAUUUGGAUUAUUUAUCUGACUCCAGGGAUGUAGCUAAGUGGCAAUCUAGUGAGGAUCCUGUUGUUAAGAGGCAGCUAACUGGCAUUUUGGAUGGUGAACUUGAAAUCAAGAGAGUUCCACAGACUUCUCCUGAGGAUUUAUCCCUUUUUUAUAAAGAUCCUCAGGGUCGUGUUCAGGGCCCAUUUAAAGGAAUCGAUAUUAUCGGUUGGUUUGAGGCUGGAUAUUUUGGUAUUGAUUUACCUGUUCGUUUGGAAAAUGCAGCAGUUGACUCGUCAUGGAUGCAACUUGGUGAUGCCAUGCCCCAUUUACGAGCUAAAGCCCGACCGCCGCCUGGGUUCUCUGCAGCAAAACUCGACUCUACAGAGGUAGCUGGUCAUCAAAAUUCCAGUACCUUUGGGAACUUUCAUACUGGUUUGAGUGAGGUUGAGAUGUUGAGAAAUGAUUCAUUGCACAGACAGAGUUCUACUUUAGAAGCUGAAAAUAGGUUUUUGGAGUCACUCAUGUCUGGUAGCAAGAGCAGUCCUCCACUUGAUGGUCUGACAUUAUCAGAAGGUUUACCAGGGUUUAUUGGAAAUAAUUCUGGUAAUUUGGGCCCAUCAGGAGUAGAUAGUGGAAACAACCUUUACUUGCUGGCCAAGAGGAUGGCACUUGAAAGACAGAGGUCCUUGCCCAAUCCUUAUCCAUAUUGGCCCGGGAGAGAUGCAGGAUCCCUUCCGCCAAAACCAGACAUUGUUCCAGAUGUAUCACCACAUUCAAAACUCUUGUCUUCCAUGAGUGAUAAUUCUCGUCAGCUUCAGUCUCAGAAUUCUGAGUUGUUGUCAAUCCUUCAAGGAUUAUCUGACAGGUCAUCCACAGGGUUAAAUAAUGGUGUUGCUGGAUGGCCUAAUUAUCCCUUACAAGGGGGGUUGGAUCCCCUUCAGAAUAAGAUUGACUUGCAUCAUGAUCAGAAUUUUCUUCAAAUGCCAUUUGGAAUUCAACAACAAAGGUUUCAAGCACCAAACCAAUUAUCUUUAAAUAACUUAAUAGCUCACACAGCAGAUAACCCAUCUAGUAUUUUAACAGCAGAGAAGUUACUUUCUUCUGGUUUAUCCCAAGAUCCCCAAAUACUGAAUAUGUUGCAACAGCAAUACUUGCUACAAUUGCAUUCUCAGGCAGCUGCUCCUGCACAGCAGAUGCCUUUGCUGGAUAAACUCCUAUUGAUGAAGCAGCAACAGCAGCAGGAGGAGCAACAGCUGUUAUUGCGCCAACAGCAGCAACUGCUUUCUCAAGUGCUACAGGAGCAUCAUCCUCACCAGCACUUUGGUGAUUUAUCUUAUGGGCAGUUGCAGGGAGGUGGAAUACCAACGGGAAAUUUGCAUGUGGAUCCUUCUCAACUUGAACCGACACAAGAGAUUUGUCCCAUGAGCUCUCAGACACCAAUUCCCAGUGUGCAUGAUGAGCUUAGUACUAAUGCUUUGAAUUUACCUCUGCAAGUAAGCCAGGACAGUAGCUAUAACGUAAGCAGCAAAGCCUUUGUGCAGCUGCCUCAGCAAAUAUUUGGUAAUAUUAGUCAUCAGAAAAGCUGGGGGCCUACACUUCCUGAGCAAAUCAAUGAAAAUUACCAGAAGGAAACGUUGCCUGCAUCAGCUUCUAUUGACAGUUCCCUAUUGCAUGAGCAGAACAGAGCCAAAGAGGAUCCUAACGUUGCGGAGAAACCUCUUCCUGUUUCUGACUCUACUAUAUCCGUAGAGCAGAUGCCAGGCAACACUUGUAGGGCUGAUGUUACUCUUGUGAGUGCAACUUCUGUGUCCGAAGAGCAUUCUCAACCUGUGCAUUGUGUUGCACCGGUUGUUUCUAUGUCUUCGGCUGGAUCUUGUGGGAUUGAGUUACGACUAUCAAGUCAACUGGGUAAGGAUGUGGAGAUUAAAUCCGAUAGUCUUGAAGAGCAGCAGGCUGGAAGAGACAGCUCAAAUGUUGAGCCCUCUGUGGUGGAUGUAAGAAAUGUUGAAGCAUGUGAACCCAAAAAGGCUACUGAGAAGAAAUCUAAGAAGCAAAAGUCCUCCAAAUCUCAGUCUUCUGAUCAAGCAAAGGCAUUGCUGAAAAACGUGACUUUGCAGCAGUCAAAGAAGUCAGAAGCUGAAAAGCCAAAUUAUAGUGAAAUAAAUUUGGGGGAAGCCAGUAAGGGUGAACCAGCUUAUGAAACAUAUCUGCAACAAACAAGAGGUAAGGGCAAUCAAUCUGGAACUGCUCCUGCUGAGGCAGCUGAUCAUCUAGAAGUUAGUGACCUUCAUGCUAAUAAUCCAGGAAGCAUCACUGAAACAGUUGUUGAGAGCGAGUUAAAGGCAGUUAGUUCUGUUGCCACACAGAAUUCUGAAUUACCUUCAGGGAGAGCUUGGAAACCUGCUCCUGGUUUCAAGGCAAAGUCUUUGUUAGAAAUUCAACAGGAAGAACAAAAAAAGUCGCUGACAGAGAUGCUUGUAUCCGAUGUUGUUACUUCUGUCAAUUCCAUGAAUCUGGCAACUCCCUGGGUUGGAGUUGCGGCCAAUCCAGAGUCUACGAAGGUGGCGAGUGAAAGUAACAGAGAAGCAAGCAAUACUGAAUAUCUGGCUAAACCUGAAACUUCUCAAAUUAGUAAGAGCAAGAAAAGCCCAUUACAUGAUCUAUUGGCAGAAGAUGUAAAAAAAUCUAGUGAAAGAAAUGGUGAGGUUUCAGACAGUAUGCUGUCCUCACAAAAUAUAGAUGUCCAUCCAGAAUCCAUAGACGAUGGGAACUUUAUUGAAGCUAAAGAUACUAAAAGAAGCCGGAAGAAAUCUACAAAAUCAAAGGGGUCAGGGUCUAAGGUCUCAAUGCCAGUUGCUCCUAGUGAACUGCCUAUAAGUACAACUCACAUUGAAAAAGGAAAAACCUCCCGCGCUGUGCAGCUGGAGAAAGAACAAUUGCCUGCCAUCCCUUCAGGACCGUCUCUGGGAGAUUUUGUUCUUUGGAAAGGAGAGCCAACAAGCCCAUCUCCUUCUCCAGCAUGGACUACUGAUUCUGGUAGGGUUCCUAAACCGACUUCAUUAAGGGACAUUCAAAAGGAGCAGGAGAAAAAGUUUUCUUCAAUUCCCGCAAACCAAAUCCCUACUCCUCAGAAACUACAGUCUGCCCAAUCUGCUCGGAGUAGUGGUCCUUCAUGGCAAAUUUCAGGUUCAUCUUCAUCAAAAGCUGCACCUGCUAGCAAUAUAAACUCCCAAGCUUCUCAGUCAAAAUAUAAAGGGGAUGAUGACUUGUUCUGGGGUCCAAUUGAGCAAUCUAAGCAGGAAACUAAGCACAGGUCAGAUUUCCCUCAGCUUGCAAGCCAGGGAGGCUGGGGUUCUAAAAAUGUUCCCAUGAAAGGUAAUCCACCCGGAUCAUUAAGUCGACAAAAAUCAGGGAGUGGCAAACCGAUUGAGCGAUCUGUAUCAUCAUCACCUGCCUCUUCUCAAUCAUUGCUGAAAUUAAAAAAAGAUGCCAUGACUAAGAAUUCUGAAGCCAUGGACUUCAGAGUUUGGUGUGAGAAUGAGUGCGUUAGGCUUAUUGGGACAAAAGAUACAAGUUUCCUUGAAUUUUGCUUGAAGCAAUCCAGAUCCGAAGCCGAGAUGUUUCUCAUAGAAAACCUUGGAUCAUAUGACCCUGAUCAUGAAUUCAUUGAUAAAUUUCUCAAUUACAUGGAGCUGCUACCAUCUGAUGUUUUGGAAAUAGCUUUUCAGACAUUGAAUAAUCAGAAAGAUCCUGGAAGCAUGGUAUCUGGAAAUACAGAUUUACAGGAUCUGGGCAACAACGAAGAAUCCUCCUCAAAAGGUGGAAAGAAGAAGGUUAAGAAGGGGAAAAAGGUUAGCGCUGCAGUUUUGGGAUUCAAUGUUGUUAGUAACCGGAUCAUGAUGGGCGAGAUCCAGACAGCAGAAGACUAAUAUUAACACAGGUUUUUGCAGAACUUGUAAAUAUGUUCUGACCAUACUUUGUAAUUUGUAAAUGAGUUUUUCGUUUUAGGAUCUUGUUUGCUUUUUUAACACAGCAGCAGUAGCAGCAUUUAUUGGAUCUGCUCAAGCAAUUUUGUCAUCUCAAUGUAGAAUUCUUUGACGUCUGUCACGCAGAGAAAUAUAUAAUCUUAUG